AUGGUGGAUGGGAUUCGUGAGCUAAAGAAAGACCCGAAAAGAAACGCCGAAACAAUCGAGGGCUUGCGCGACCGGAUGAACGAUCGUGCCCAUGAAAUUGCUCAAGAGAAGCUGAAGAACGAUCGUGGCUUCCUCGACAAGGACCCCGAGGGUGUGCCGCUGAGUAUUCUCCCGCUCGAUGAGGACCGACAAUUCCAUGAGCUGGAGGUGAGGCGUGCGGCGCUCAAGGCGAAGGAUUCAGGGCGCAACUCGACUGCGGUACGAGAUGUGGAGGCCCAGCUUAAUGACCGUGCACAUGAGCUGGCAAAUGACCAGAAGAAAGAAGAAUUAAAGGGCAUCGACGAAGCCCCAGAGGGCAUACCAAUCCACGUGCUUCAGCCGCAUGACGACCCCAGGUUCGGCUCGAUGGUGAAUGAGCUGCGCAGGUUGAAGAAACACCCGAAUGAGGGUGACACUGGCGUGGGGGAUUUACUUCGCCAAAUGAACGACCGCGCCCAUGAACUGGCGGCGGAUCGGCUGCAGGGCGAUCGCGGCUACUUGGAGAAGGAUCCUCUCGGUGUCCCGCUGGAACUGCUGCCUCUCUCCUCGGACGCUGACUUCCACGGGAUGGAGGUGCAGCGUGCCGUGCUUAAGGCUCAGGACCCACGGCGGAACGCUGGUGAGAUUGCGGACCUGGAGAAGAGGCUGAACGAGCGGGCAGUGCAGCUGGCGGAGGAUCAGCGACAGAGGGAUCUGGAGGGUCUUGACAAGGAGCCUGAGUCCAUCCCGCUCUCUGUACUUGAUCCGCAUAGUGACAAGGGGUUCGCGAAACUUGUGGAUCAGCUGCGCGGGCUGCAGGAUGACCCACAAGCUUGUGACGAAAUUGCGGCUCUGAAGUGCGAAAUGAACGAGCUUGCGCAUGCGCUGGCCAAGCAGCGGAAGGAGGGUGACCGUGGUUACCUUGAUAAAGAGCCACAAGGGGUUCCUCUCGAGGUGUUACCACUGAACACCGACCCGUCGUUCCGGCAGAUGGAGGCGGAGCGUGCAAAGCUAAAGGCGCAGAGCCCGCGACACAACGCGAAGAAGAUCAAGGAGCUGGAGGAUGCGCUGAAUAACCGCGCCCACGAGCUUGCACGAGACCAGCUGCGUGAGGAUCUGAAGGGUGUCGAUGAGCAGCCGCGCGGCAUUCCGCUUGAGGUGCUUCGGCCUCACGACGAUCCAUCGUUCUCGGCGUUGGUGAAUGACAUUCGUCGGCUGAAGGAGGACCCCGAGGCGAACGCCAAUGCUGUUGCAGAUGUUCUUGGUGCAAUGAGUGAUCGCGUUCAGGAGCUGGCGGCAGCACAGCUUGACCGGGAUUUUCUGGACCCCAAUCCUGAGGGUGUCCCGCUUGAGGUCCUGCCACUCGACACCGAUCCUGAGUUUCACGCCAUGGAGACGGAGCGGGUGAAACUAAAGCUGAGCGACCCGCGGCGCAAUGCAAAGAAGAUCAAGGGCCUCGAGGUGGAAAUGAACGCGCGAGCACAUGACCUUGCUCGUCAGCAGCUUCAGGACGAUCUUUCCGGUGUGGAUGCCGCGCCCAAGGGAAUCCCGUUGCCACUGCUGAAGGUCACGGAGGAUGCGGAAUUCGCGGCGUUCGUUCCCCAACUGCGUGAGCUCAAGAAGAACCCCGAGGGAAACGCCGAGGCGAUCCGCAAUGUGGAGAAGAUGAUGAACAACAAGGCGUACGAGCUUGCCGAUGGUCUGUUAGAGGGCGACCGUGGCUACCUGGACCCCGCCCCGCUUGGCGUGGCUCUGUCGGAGCUCCCGCUGAAUGCGGACGAUGCAUUCUCGCGGAUGGAGGUUGAACGCGCCAAGCUUAAAGCGCAGGAUCCGCGACGGAACGCUGCGAAGGUGGUGGAUCUUGAGGCCAAGCUUAAUGGUCGUGCUCUCGAUCUUGCGAAAGCGCAGCUUGCAGAAGACUUGAGGGGGUUUCCGAGCCAAUAUGAGGGGAUUGAUACGGCACAGUUGAGGCCCCAUGAUGACAAGGAGUUUGCCCUGAUGGUUCCGGAGCUCCGGCGCAUGAAGAAAGAAGGUCAGAGCGAGGCGCUGCGGGCACACACGGCGGAAAUGGACCGCCGCCUGGGGGAGAUCGCGAAGGAGCUUGUGGAUGGCGACCUUUGGUUCCUCGACAAGGAGCCCGAGGGCGUGCUGCUAGAGCACGUGCCGCUGGAGCAAGAUGCGGUCUUUGAGCAGCUGCGGCGUGAGCGCGCGCAGCUCAAGGCGGAGGAUCCUAGGGCGAGUGCUGCUCUGAUUAAGGACAAGGAGGCCGCUAUGAACGAGAGGGUGCAUGAACUUGCAAGGCAAGUGAAGGACGAAGACUUCAGUGGGCUCGAGAAGGAGCCGCACGGCAUUCCGUUGAACCUUCUUCCCCUUCGUGAAGACCCCGUGGCUGCUAAGCUCAUCCUCCUCUCACGCGAGGAGCGUCGCCGUGGCGACAAAUCGCCCUCCUGCGGAAGGCUGCGCGAAAUUCAGGAGGAAUUGAACGCACGGGCGCAGGAGUUGGCCAAGGAGGCGCUCGCUGGCGACCGGGAGAAGUACCUCGAUCGCGUUCCCGAAGGCGUUCCCGUAGAGGUUCUGCCGCUCGACACGGAUCCGAGGUUCCACGCGUUGGAGGUGGAGUGUGCGAAGCUGAAACUGGAGGACCCGCAAGGGAACGCUGAAAGAAUUGAGCAGCUUGAAGAGGAGCUGAACGAGCGGGCACACGAGCUGGCCAGGGAACAGCUGCAGGAGGAUCUGUCUGGUCUCGAGCGGGCGCCAUGCGGCGUGCCAAUGGAGGUGCUGAAUCCCCACAAGGACGCUGAGUUCAAUAGGGCAGCGGAGCACCUCCGCGAGCUCAAGAGGGACCCGCGUCGGAACGAUGCGAAGAUAAAGGAGUUGAAGGCCAAGAUGGGCGGGCGUGCGAGGGAGCUGGCCCGCGCGAUGCUGGACGAGGGCCGUGAGUUCCUUGACCCGAUGCCGGAGGGCGUUCCGCUCGCCGAUCUUCCCCUCGACAAGGACCCCACGUUCCACACCAAGGAGGUGGAGCGUGUGACGCUAAGGGUGAACGAUCCUGUGAAGAAUGCUGCCGAGAUCACCGCGCUUGAGGAGGAACUGAACAGGCGGCUGCAUGAGCUGGCGAAGGAUCAGCUGCAGGAGGACCUCAAGGGGCUUGAGGGCGCGCCGAGAGGUGUUCCGAUGGCGCUCCUUCGGCCCCACGACGACGCCGCGUUUGCAUCACUGGUGCCCGGGCUCCGGCAGCUGAAGAAGGACCCAAAGCGUAACGCCGAUGACAUCCUUGCCACUGAGGGGAAGAUGGAUGCUUGUGCGGACGAGCUGGCGGAGGACUUCUUGCGCACCGACCGUGAAGCGUACCUCGACCUUGCGCCCCUGGGCGUUCCACUGAACACACUCCCGCUGGACACGGACCCGCAGUUCAAGGCAAAGGAAACUGAGCGGCUGCAGCUGAUGCUGAACCCGAAGGACAACGAGGAGGCGAUAGCCGAACUUGAGGGUGUGUUGAACGCUCGUGCAUUCCAGCUGGCGGAAGAGAAGCUGAAGAACGAUCGUGGCUUCCUCGACAAGGACCCCGAGGGUGUGCCGCUGAGUAUUCUCCCGCUCGAUGAGGACCGACAAUUCCAUGAGCUGGAGGUGAGGCGUGCGGCGCUCAAGGCGAAGGAUCCAGUGCGUAACGCUGCCGCUAUACGAGACCUGGAAGAUGAACUUAAUGAUCGCGCACACGAGCUGGCUAAGGAACAGCUGGCGGAGGAUGUACGCGGUGUGGAUCCGGCUCCACACGGAAUUCCCAUUGCUAUGCUAAAGCCGCAUAGCGAUCCUGAGUUUCGGGAGAUGGUGGAUGCGCUUCGUCAGCUCAAGGCCGAUGCAAAUGCUGAUCCUGCCGCGAUAAGUGCCCUGGAAGCCGAUAUGAACGAUCGCGCCUUGAAGUUAGCUGAGGAGGCUCUUCAUAGGUCCCGAGAGAAGCUUGACCGAAACCCUGAGGGUGUGCCGUUGGAAGCCCUUCCUCUGGAUGAGGAUAAAGCGCUCCGUCAGAUCGAGGUAGAGAUGGCGAAGCUGAGGCUGGCGGGUCAGGGGAAGAAUGGGCCUCGUAUUGCGGACUUGGAGGAAAUGUAUAAUGAUCGCGUGGGAGAGCUUGCUCGUGAAAGAAAGUCCAAGGAUCUUGAAGGCCUGGAGCAGUGUCCUCAAGGCAUCCCGUUAGCCCUGUUGAAUCCGCAUGACGAUUCUGUUUUUGCGUCCUUGGUGAAUGGAGCGCGCUGUGGUGCGGACGGAUCCAGAGAGCUUCCUGCUGGUGGAGCUCUCGAUGCGCUCAACGAGCGUGCCAAUGCGCUUGCUGAGGAGGUGCUGAAAGGCGAUCGUGGCUACCUUGUGCGUGAGCCCGAGGGAAUUCCUCUGAGCGCUCUGCCGCUGGACAGCGAUCCCGAGUUCCACAGCAUGGAGGUGGAGCGUGCCGUAUUGAAACUGACUGACCCGAGGAAGAACGCGGACAAAAUCGCGGACCUCGAGGAGCGCCUCAACGAUCGCGCACGCGAACUGGCGAGGGAGCAGCUGGGCGGUGACCGCGGCUAUCUUGACCCCGAUCCGGAGGGCGUCCCCAUCGCGGACCUCUCUCUUGACGAGGACCCGAAGUUCCAUCAGAUGGAAGUGGAGCGUGCGAAGCUGAAGGCGAGAGAUCCUGUUAGUAAUGCGUACCGAAUCCGUGAGCUGGAGGAGAAGCUGAACGACCGCGCACACGAGCUGGCCAAUAAGAAGCUUGAGGAGGACCUGGAUGGUAUGGACCGGGAGCCUGAGGGUGUGCCCCUCGCACUGCUGCAGCCACAUGAAGAUGCCGAGUUUGUUUCCUUCCUUCCAGAGCUCCGCCGCCUCAAGAAAGACCCUCUGCGUAACGCGGCGAAGAUCAAGGGGCUGCAGAGCAAGUUGAAUGACAGGGUGCAUGAGUUGGCGAAGGAAGCGAUUGCUGAGGGACGCAAGUUCCUCGACCCUGAGCCGGAGGGUGUGCCACUUGAGUUGCUGCCUCUUGACACGGACAAAAAGUUUAGCACCUUGGAAAAGGAGCUCCGUGCCCUGCAGGCGGCGCCUCGACGAAAUGAAACUGCUAUCGAAAACCUAAUGGGUCGACUUAACGAGCGUGCCCAUGAGCUGGCGAGGGAGAAGAUUCAUGGCGACCGUGGCUUCCUCGAUCCUGUACCGGAGGGUGUUGCCCUUGCAGACAUACCACUCGACUCGGAUCCGAAGUUCCGCAGCAUAGAAGCAGAGCGGGCUAAGCUAAGGGAGGACCCCGAGAAUAAUGCCUCUGCGAUCGCCAAGCUGGAAAGUGAACUGAACGGUUUGGCCCACGAAUUGGCGAAGGAGGUGAAAAAAGCCAAUCGCUCCUUCCUGAACCCGACGUCUCAUGGUAUCCCAAAGGAGCUCCUGCCGCUUGAUGAGGAUCGCGGCUUCCAGGCCAUGGAGCAGCAGUUGAGAAAGCUAAUGCGUGACCGUGGCCGAAACGCGGCUGCUAUUGAAAAUCUUCAGGAUAUGAUGCAGGAUCGGGCGGACGAGCUUGGGCUUCAGAUGCUGAAGGGUGAUCGGGAUACCUACCUGGAUCCCUUCCCAGAGUCUGUUGAUAUUGCGGAUGUGGCCGUUGAUGAUGAUGCCGAGUUUGGAAAGUUGGAACUGGAGCGUGCCAUCUUGAAGGCAGAGGAUCCUCUGCAGAACAAGGAUAGGGUUGCGGAGCUGGAGGAAAAAUUGAACGAGCGCCUUCACGAGCUGGCUAAGGAGCGUAUUAAGAAGGACAGGGCGUUCUUGGACACUGAGCCGGAAGGUAUUCCGUUGGAGGAUGUUCCCCUUGAUUCUGAUGUGGAGUUUGGUCGCCUUGAGGCUCACCUGCGUAAGCUGAGCCGCGAGCCGAGACGCAAUGGACCUACCAUAGCUGACCUGAAGGAGCGUAUGAACGAUCGCGCUCAUGAGCUUGCAAAGGAGAUUGUGGCUGAUGAUCUCAAGUGCCUGAGCGACAAGUACAGAGGUAUCCCGAAGGAGGAGUUAAACCUCCACAAAGACAACGCCUUCAAGGAGCUUGCCAACAAACGGCGCCGUGCGCGCACCAGGGGUUCAACGCCCGUGGAAAUAACCGCUCUUGAGGAUGCAAUGGAUGCACGUGCGUGUGAAAUUGCCGACGAUGUCAUAAACAAUGAACGUGCCUUCUUGGACCCUGAGCCAGAAGGAAUGUGUCUGGCCGACGUGCCUCUUGACACAGAUGAGACCUUCCUUGCACUGGAGGCAGAGCGCCGAAAGCGCAUGAAGGACCCGCGUUCUGCUAAGCGCAACAAGGACAUCAUCCGCGAUUUGGAGGACAACAUGAAUGACCGCGCCGCUGCGCUUGCGAAGGCCGAAUUUGCUAAGAUGCGUGAUUUUAUGGAUCAAGAGCCAGAAGGUGUUCCGCUCGCUGAACUUCAGCUUGAUAUGGACCCUGAAUUCAAGGAGGCUGAGGUGGCGCGUUACAAGCUGCUUAAGGACCCCAAUCACUCGGUGGAUGAGGUGGCGGUGCUGGAGGCGGCCAUGAACGACCGCGCACAUGAGCUUGCCAGGGCCGUCCUCGCAAAAGAUCGUCGGUUCCUCGACCCUGAGCCGGAGGGCGUACCGCUGGAAGAAUUACCGCUUGAUACAGACCAAGAGUUCAACGAGCUUGCGAUGGAGCGCCGUCAACUGAUGAAGGAUGGAAAGAAGUGUAAAAAUCCUGAGGUUAAAGCUAUCGAAGGCAAGAUGAACGACCGCGUACACGAGCUUGCCAAGGACUACCUCAAGAAGAACCGCGCCUUCCUGAAUCCCGAGCCGGAAGGGGUGCCACUGGAGGAUGUCCCCAUUGGCCGCGACCCUGUCUUCCUUGACACGGAGCGAGAACUCGCGAAGGCGCAGAAGGACCCAAAGGCGACCGCUGAAAAAAUACGCCGUCUCCAGGAAGAGCUUGAUAACCGUGCCCACGAUGUGGCCAAGGAGCUCCUCAGGAAGGAGCGAGCAUUCCUUGAUCCUGAGCCGUUCGGCGUCCCGCUGGCUGAACUGCCCCUCAACCACGAUCCAAUUCUUAACCCCUUGGAACGUGACCGCCGUGCGCUGAAGAAGGAUCCGAAGCGAAACGCUGACGCGAUUCGCAACCUUGAGGAUGAGAUCCAGGAUCGUGUCAGGGAAAUCGUAAAGGAGUUCGUGGAGAAGGAGCGCGCGUUCCUUGACCCCGAGCCAGAGGGUGUGCCUCUGUGUCAGCUUCCUCUCGACACGGAUAGGCAAUUCCGAGACAUGGAGCACGAGCUGCGAGCCCUGAAAAAGCAGCCAGCUAAGAACAAGGACAUGAUCGGAGAAUUGCAGGAAGAGAUGAACAACCGAGCGCACGAGCUGGCGAAAGACUACCUGCAGAAGAACCGCGCGUUCCUCGACCCUGAGCCACUCGGCGUGCCACUUUCCGAACUGCCCCUCGGCGAUGACCCGGAGUUCCACGACAUGGAGGCGCGCCACCGUGAACUAAAGAAGAACCCGACGGUCAACGUCUUGCCGCUCAAGGAGCUGGAGGACGAGAUGAACGAACGUGCAAAGGAGCUGGCGAGGGAGUUCCUCAGGAAGGAGCGUGCCUUCCUUGACCAAGAGCCCGAGGGUAUACCGUUGUCUGAUCUUCCGCUCCACAGGGAUAAGCACUUCCGUGAGAUGGAGAAGAAGCUACGUGAGCUUAAGAAGAGCCCACGGAAGAAUGCGGAGGAGAUAAAGGACCUCGAGUAUGACAUGAAUGAUCGCGUGCAUGAGCUGGCCCGACGCCAACUCUCGGAUGACCGACACUACUUACCUCUUGAACUCUGCGGUGUCCUGUUGGGUGACCUCCGGCUUGACGAGGACCCGGAGUUCAGGGAGCUGGAGCUGCAGCGCCGCAACCUCAAACGGGACCCGAAGAAGAACGCAGAGGCCAUUCGUGAGGUGGAGGAUAAACUCACCGACCGCGCCUUCAUGAUCGCCGAAGAAUUUCUGCGCAAGGAUAGGGAGUACCUCGACCCUGAGCCAGAAGGCAUUCUGUUGGAUCGCGUGCCACUUAAUGACGAUCGACAGUUCCGCGAAAUGGAGCAGGAGCGCCGCAGGUUGAUGAAGGAUCCUAAGAACAAAGCUGCGGUGUGUGAACUUGAGGAGCGGCUAAAUCAACGCGCCCACGAGCUCGCGCAGAGCCUGGUUGGCUGGCAGGAUCCUGAGUUCCACGAGGCCAACAAGCACGUCGCCGAGGAGUGGCCGCGCAUAUGCGAGCUGUACCCGGAGGGCAUCCGCGAGGAUGUCGUGCCGGAGCGGACGCUGCCGUCUGAUGUGUGUUCGGCACCGGACUGCGCGGGUUGUCUGGCACCUUUCAUCGCCGCUCUUAGUCGCCAUCCUGUGCUAAUUGAGCGGUUGUUCGAGUCAAAGACACACCCCGUCAACACUCCUUAUGUCUUCACAUUCUUCGACCCCAACAGUAAACCGGUGCGUAUUGAGAUUGAUGACCGUGUCCCAGUGAAUGUGCACAUGGAGCCAAAGUUUACGCAGGUGCCGCAUCGCUCGUGGUACCCGCUGCUGCUUGAAAAGGCGUACGCCAAGUUUGUCGGAGGUUACGCCAGGCUGGAUCAAUGCACGCCCCAUGAGACCCUGCGGGAUCUGACGGGCCGGCCGGUACUGCAUAUCCCUUUUGACGACAAACUGGCUGAGGCGGCGAACACGGGCGAUUACAAGACGGUCGGGUUCUGGAUCGGUGUUUCAAAGGAACUGGAACGGGGAGAUGUUAUCACAUGCAUGUCGAACCUGGAGUCUGAGGAUGGCAUCCACCCGCAAUGCAGUUAUGCUCUCAUGGGAGUCAUUCAUACUGUGAAGGAGUCUAAUGAUCCUUCCGAUAUUGUGAUCAAGCUGCACAACUGUUACUAUGAUGAGCCGCUUUACACCGGGCCACUCAACCAACAAGAUCCCAAUUGGACGGAGGAGCUGAAGAGGAUUUGUAGGUUUGACGCUGAGGAGAAUGACGUUUUGUACCUGCCACUCCCGACUUUCCUGCGAAACUUCUCGAGUAUGCAGCGGUGCCAUAUUAACUGUGGUGACCGACUGAGUUCUCCAGGUGAGUGGAAUGAGUUCACCUGCGGAGGCAACCCGAAGUUCACCACAUUCCGCAACAAUCCGAUCUACCUGGUGGAGAAUAAGUCCUCGCGUCCGGUUCCAAUUGUGGCGGAGCUGCGCCACCACGCGCCUGCCUUCUCUGACCCUGAUGGCCUGAACCACUACCACCAGACUGGGUUGGUGCUGAUGCAAGCGGUGCAGGCCAAGAUGCCGGUGAGUCCACUCAUCACAAACGGUACCCACCGGUUUAUACAGAAGGGUAUGAUGCUCGACGCGAGGGAAGUGUGCUCGCAAAUGGAGCUGCCGCCCAACACCACAUGCUACCUCAUCCCAUACACGAUACGGCCUGGUUGCUAUGGCAAGUUCAGCAUAUCGGUGUAUCCUGGUAUGGCUAAGGUGACGCUGACGCCGAUGCGUGGUGCGGGUCUCAAGCGCGAGCCGUUGACAACAGAAGUGACGCUGAAGCCCGGUAGUGAGGGUAGCCGAGGCGCCGACUUUCAUGUCAGCGAUCCGUGCGAUGUUCACGUGCUGCUGCGGCAGCUGAAAUUCGACGACGAGAUGAUGCGGCAUGGUGACUGCUUGGCAGAUAGCGAAGUGAAAAUGCUCGUGUUCGAUGAGCACGGCAUCAGAGUGGCGACUACUGGAGAUGCGACGAAUGCCCGGGAGCAGGCGCUUGUCUUCCGCGCAUCGAAGGGUGGUUUCUACAGCAUCGUAGCGGUGUGCAUGGAGUGUGCGUCGGUCAGUGGCUGCCCGUGCGUUUUGCAGAUCUUCACACCGAAGAACGUCGUGGCGAGGAUUGCGUCAGCGCCGCUUGCCGUGCCGCUACGCAUCGGCGUGGCGCUGCCAAGCAUCACGACAACGCCGACGCGCUCCUCGCGUGCUCGGACAGACGCGGUUGAGCGCGGCUCGCAGCGCUCCAUCUCGGUGGGUCUGCCCAAGAUAUCCCUGACGCCGUCCAAGCCGGUUGUGCGCUCUGCCGGUGGGCGGACACAGUGGAACUGA